CUCGAAGGACAGUUUUGUAAAGUGGUGGGACUUGGACACUCAGCAUUGUUUCAAGACUAUGGUGGGACAUCGCAGUGAGGUUUGGGGAAUGGUCCUGUUGAAUCAGGAGAACAGGUUGCUUACAGGGUCUGCUGACAGUGAACUCAGAGCCUGGGACAUUCAGUACAUCGAGGAGUGUAAAGAAGUGGGGGAACCACAGGAAAAAAAAGUCAGAACUCUUCUCGUGGAUGAGGAGGAAGAUGAGGAAGGACUUGAUGAAGAGCCAGAAGAACGGAUAGUCAGCUGUAAGAAAGUCGGUUCUAUUCUGAGGGAAGCCAGAGACAGGGUUGUAUCCUUGGUCACAGAUGCCAAGGCUAAUGUGCUAGCAUGCCAUGGCCUGGAUGCUACACUUGAAGUCUUUACUGUACUAACAGAGGAGCAGGUGAAGAAAAAAAUGGAGCGAAAACUAAAGAAAGCCAAGAAAAAAGCAAACUCUCAAGAAGAAAAAGAGGAUGUACCUAAGCCUGUAGUGGAGAGAAAGUUGAGUGAUGAGAUUCAAAAACUGGCAAACAUAAAAGCGUCUUCCAAGAUCAGAUCAAUGGACUGCCUUAUGGUUCCAAAUGGGGAGAUGAAGUUUGCUCUUCUUCUGCAGAAUAACACAGUGGAGACAUAUACGCUGAAGACCAAAGAAAAGAGUCCUACUGGCACAAAAACCUCUCGGCUCACACUGAGUGGUCAUCGUACAGAUGUCAGAACGCUGGCCUUCAGCUCAGAUAACAUAGCCAUCCUCUCCGCCUCUGGAGAGACCGUCAAAGUGUGGAACAGGUCCACCUUACAGGUCAUUCGUACCAUGGGAUGUGAAUAUGCUCUCUGCUCGUUAUUUGUUCCUGGAGACAGGCAGAUUAUCUUAGGAACGAAGAGUGGGAAGAUUCAGAUUUUCGACCUGGCUUCAGGAAGCCUUCUAGAGACGACUGAUGCACAUGAUGGAGCUCUUUGGUCCAUGUGUCUCUCUCCAGACCAGAGAGGGAUUGUAACUGGGGGUGCUGACAAGACUGUGAAAUUUUGGGACUUUGAGCUCAUAAAGGAUCAGGACUCUGGAAUGAGCAAGAAACUGACGGUAAAGCAUACACGCACCCUGCAGUUGGAUGAGGAUGUGCUGUGUGUGCGCUACAGUCCUGACCAGAGACUGCUGGCUGUUUCUCUUCUCGACUGUACGGUCAAGAUCUUUUACACAGACACACUAAAGUUCUUCCUGUCGCUGUAUGGACACAAGCUGCCCGUUCUGUGCCUGGACAUUUCUCAUGACAGCUCUUUAAUAGCCACUGGCUCAGCAGACAGAAACGUGAAGAUCUGGGGUUUGGAUUUCGGAGACUGUCAUCGCUCUAUGUUUGCCCAUGACGACAGUGUCAUGUUUCUUCAGUUUGUCCCUAAAACCCAUCUGUUCUUCACUGCGGGAAAGGACAGAAGGAUCAAGCAGUGGGACGCUGACAAGUUUGAGCACAUCCAGACGUUGGAGGGUCAUCAUCGUGAGGUCUGGUGCUUGGCCAUCAGCCCCAAUGGAGACCACAUUGUCUCCUCGUCUCAUGACAAGUCCAUGAGGCUGUGGGAGAGAACGAGGGAGCCCAUCAUCCUUGAGGAGGAGAAGGAAAUGGAGAGGGAAGCAGAAUAUGAGGAGUCGUUGGCUAAAGGUGGUGAACCUGUGGUUCCUGGAGAAACUAAAGGAGAAGCAGAGCCUGCUGGGAAGAAAACCAUUGAGACAGUGAAAGCUGCUGAGCGAAUAAUGGAGGCCGUUGAGCUCUAUAGAGAGGAAAGUAAAAAGCUGGAGGAGCACAGAGCCGCUUGUGAAGCAGCAGGGAAGGAGUUACCACCCCCUAAAAUGAACCCCAUCCUUUUGGCUUUUGGAAAUAUCUCUCCCUCUCGAUAUGUUCUGGAAGUGAUGAAGAAGGUUCGGUCCAGUGAGCUGGAGUUGUCUCUGCUGGUGCUGCCGUUUCCCUAUGUCCCGGAUCUGCUGCAGCUCUUCAACGGUUACGUAAAGCAGGGCCUGGAGGUGGAGCUAGUGUGCCGCUGCCUCUUCUUCCUGCUCAGAGUCAAUUUUGGUCAGAUCACCAGCAAUCAGAUGCUGCUGUCAGUUAUUGAUGAGUUACGGGCCAACACAAUCUCUAAAGUGCGAGAGAUCAGGGAUGUCCUGGGUUUCAACAGCGCUGGUCUUCAGUUCCUGCAGCGUGAAAUGGAGAGCAAAGAGGACGUGAUGUUCUUUGCUGAUGCCACAGAGCGUUUUAUAGAGAAGAGGAGAAAGAGGAGGAAACGUGAAAGAGCCGUUCUUACAAUCACAUGAAACAAUGACAAAGCUGACAUUUUUCUACUGUUAUAACAGAAUGCAUUGCUUUGUGCUUUUACAAUUCUGAAGAAACAUCUUGCUAAUGUUUUUAUAAGUUCAAAUGUCAUUUGUACCUGCUUAACUAAAGUCCAUAAAGUUGAAUUUCUCUGCAAAUUAA